AUGUCUCAUUCUGCUGCUGCUAACAAUCACUAUUUCUCCUCCCUUCAUCAUCUAACCAGACAACAGCAACAACAAUUUCAAUCCAUUUCUAAUACAUAUUUCGGAGAAGUGAAUUCCUAUUCUAACCUUUCAUCCUCUCCGCCUCUAUCAAGUAUGAGUUGUAAUUCGAAUAGCAACUCCAAUACCGACAUUCAAGAAACUAUUAAUAAUAAUAACAAUAUGAUUAAAAAAUCCUCACUCGAUAACGUUGUCAGAUACAAUAGUAGUAAUAAUUCUGUGGAAGAUGAUCAUACAUAUUCCGACUCAUCUUCACAACAUUUGUAUGAAAACUUUUCCUUUAAUAAUUAUUCAUCACAACAACAAUUAGCAGAACCAUCAUGCUCCGAUCAAUAUGAUAUGUAUGAACAAAAUGAGGAUGAUUUUGAAUUUCUUCAACAACAUCACAGAUCUCAUCAUGAUCAUCAACACUAUCAAUAUGUGCAACAUCCAUUCAUGUCAUCCUCUCACACUGUUGCUGCAAAUAUGACCACAGGACAACCAAUUUAUGCAGCAAAGAGAGAUGGUUUCAUGGAACAUGCCAGUAUAGAACAAAACCACUAUCCUUCCUUGUACUCGAGACCAAUGAUGAGGAUUCACAUCUUUCCUAAUGGUAGUUUGCAACAUGGAAAGAUUGUUUCCUUCGAUCCAACUGGUACUUCUUUUGAAGAUUUAAUAAUGAUGGUUUGCUCCAAGUUUAGAUACACUCCUUUCAAUGAUAUUGGAAGAAGUGAUAAUUCUGACAUUUUGCCAAAAUUAAUUUCAUUAAGAGGAACAGAAGUAGAUGGCAUUGAUCAAAUUGUCAAUAAUGAUACAUUUUGCUUCGUUCCACCGAACGAACCAUUCAGACCACCUAUUAGCAUUGAGAGAGUUAUUUUGAGUAAUAUUGAUUCUUCUCAACAACGAGCCUACCAAGUCUAUACCCCUCCUGCCACUGCAAUUCCAUCUAGAACAAUUCUCAAUCAGAAAGUUCAAAAGAAUGCAGAAGAAAUUCUCGUUGGUCCUCCACAACAACCAGUUGCUUCAUCAUUAGCAUCUUUGGAGAGAUCAAAUAUUGAAUUGGCCAAUGAAUCUGUACAACCAGUUGGCAAUAAUACUGAAACUAUUCUCACUCCAACCAAAAAGAGUAACAAUAACAAAUUUUCCAACACUUCUUCUCCAAUCAUUAGAACACCUCGCUCCCAAAUUGUUUCUGUACAUAGACCACAUUCUUAUCAAGUUACUACUAUGGUUGAUUCAUUACCAUUUGCAGGUAAUCCAAUACAUUUUGCUUCCCCAUCUCACUACACUAGCACUCCUCCAAGAACAAAGAAACAAGUUAUCAGACUAAUUCCAGAAUUGUACUAUCAAAUUUUCUCAUUCCUAACUCACAAGGAAUUAGCUUUGGGUAUUGGAUUGGUUUGUAAAGAAUUUGAAAGAGAAUUCGCAAAGAAUGAAAUGCUUUGGAAAGAGAUUUGUAUGAACGUAUACAGCUACUAUGUCAAGAGAAAAUAUCAAAAUGUUACUAAUUCUAAAUCAUUAGACAAGUGUCCAAGAUUCUUUUCUCAGACUCCUCUUAACGAGAUUAAAAAACGAUUCAUGACUGUUUGUGAAAAACCACCAUGUUAUUACAAGUCAUGGAAGACCUAUUAUAGAUUCUUUAUUAAUUGGGCCUUGAAAUUGUGUUGGGAUACAUGUGAAAGAGGUAACAAUAUCAAGUUCAAGAAUAACAAUGCCACUGUCUACAGAGAGGAUAAUAUUACAUAUCAUUGGCAAACUGUGAGAACUAACCUUCCAAUCAGAAUUCCAACAGAAAUUGAAAAGAGAAAGAAUGGAUACAUGACACUUCCUCUCAUUUCACCAUUGGAUCUUGAAAAUGGAGAUGUGGAUAUUAUCACUGAUGAUGUUGCAAUUUUAGAAGUGGAAAUUAAGAUUGAAAAAUUCGACAAGACUAACGCUAAUGGUUGGUGGAUUGUAAUUGGAUUGGAAACCGAAACCUUCCCUUACAAGGAAUCCACACCAACCAAUCUUGUAGGAUAUGAUAGACAUGGAGGUUUUGGAUAUGCAGGCGGAAAUGGUGAUAAUUUACACUUUUAUUCCAAUACUCAUCUCAAACAUAAGCAAGCCUUCACAUGUGACCCUGUCGUACAGUGGAAUAACGUUCCAUUCAAUGAGGGAGAUAUUGUCAAGGCUCGUGUCAAGUACUACUUGAAAGCUUUUGAAGAUGCUGUCGAUCCAAAGAAUAAUAUUGGUGCAACCCUCUCUUGGUAUCUGAAUGGUAAAUGCAUUGGUGAAUGCUUUAGAAAUAUCACAGGCGUUCUUUAUCCAGCAGUUUCUUUACUCACCAACCAAUCUGUUACCCUUAGAUGUGUUGAUCCAAUGUUUGAGCUCAUCUCCAAAGAUGUUGUCUUUGAAUAAAUAUUUUGGUGUUCUGAUGACUGCGUCUAAACAUCUACUGCUGAUUAACUAGU